GCAGUGACAGCUUUGAAAUAACCUCUGUCGAAGAAGAAGACAACCAGAAGGGUAUCUACAGAUAGAAGGUGACAUAUCUUUCAUUCUGUAUAUCAUCUGUUUUUUGACGGAGAAGGAAGCAAUCGAUAGCCAUGUUCAGGGUUUUGCUUCGAGGUACCAACAUUACGGCCCAGAAAAACUGGAGGAGAAAUCCUCUAAUCAACCUUCAACGGUUGCAGUACCACACUGAGGGCAAUUCCAGUGCUACAUCAAAAGUGGUUGCUGCUGGCCUGGUGACAUUUGCUGGUGGCAUAGGUGCUACAUUGCUCUAUGCCAAGUGGGACCACAAGUUUCGGAUUGCUUUGGAAAAAAAAGUUCCCUAUUCCGAUUGGAUUUUGUCCAUGGCUUUGGGACCUUCCAUGACAAAUGGUCACCUUCCAGCACGGAAAGAGAAUGAGCAGCGUCCAUCAAUGCUGGAACAAAAUGUGGAAAAACCGAAAGUUAAAGGAGUGAAGGAACCACAGGUGGCUCAGGCCGAGGAGAUAAGUCCACCUCCUACACUGCCUGUGCAGAGCCUACAAGAGGCUUCAGCAGAAGCGACACAUAUCAUAUCAGCCAUCAGCGAGGUGCCAUCUGUCCCUGCGCCAUGUGACACAGAAGCAGUUGACUACGAGUCCAGUAAGUUCCAAGACAAAGGGGAUAGUCCUGCGGGUGCUGAGGUUACACCUGAAGUGGAACCCCUGAAAGUGCGCCCUGCUGAAGAGGUCUCGGCUCUCUUGGCUAAGCAAGACCAGGAGGAACAAGAAAAACUAGAAGCCCUGUCUGCGAGCCUCGACAGCUUCUUGGCCUCAUCAGCAGAAGCAACACUGCAGGCAAUUGGUGCGCAGAAGGCAGCCCUGGAAGCAACCAUUCGACACACCCAGAGUCUAAAAGAAGCUAUGGAAUCAGAGGUGUCACCUGAAGAGAAGUCCGCCCAGUGGAAAGAUCUGGAAACGUAUCUUGCAGACAGGACUUCCGCCAUCACAGAAGCAGAAGCCGCUGUUAUAAAUGCAAAUGAAUCUUUGGACUCUCUAAAGUUGAUGAUUGAAAAGUCCAAAAUGGCAAAAAUUGCUGCAGCAAGCCCAAUUCUUUUAGCAGCUGAGGAGAAUCUUCAUCAAAUGAUAUUGGAUUUGGACAAAAUGGUUAAGAAGGUCCAGGCUGCUGAAGCGGAAGCUAAAGUUGUCUCCCAAUAUACAGAACUGGUCAAUGAAGCAAAAAGGCAGUUCCAGCGGGAAGUGACCAAUCUCACUCCGGAGAUCCAGGCCAACUGGAAGGGACUAAGAAGGCUGUCCGUGGAUGAUUUGAAUGCCCUGAUUGCUCAUGCUCAUCGUCGCAUUGAUCAACUAAACCGAGAGCUUGCAGAGCAAAGAGUCAGAGAGCAGAUACACAUUGAUGUGGCACUGGAGCAGCAGAGGCUGGAACACCAGAAAACCCUGGAGUCAACAGUGAACGCUUCCACUUUACACAUAAAAGAAGAACAACGACUUGAAAAGGAGAGGAAGUUGGCUGAGCUGAGAGAUGUGUUGGAGGCAGAAAUGAGGACACAGCUCAGACGACAAGCAGCUGCGCACACUGACCAUGUAAGAGAAGUCCUUAAAGUCCAGGAGCAGGAAUUGAGAGAUGAGGCUGAGCAGGUCCUGAUCAGCAAAACGCAGGAACAAGAGACUCGCCUCCGUCAGCUCACUCAAGAACAGCUCGAUAACUUCAUUCUUGAUAUGAAUGCUGCUUAUGCACGACUAAAGGGGAUCGAAGAAGCGAUCGACAGCCAUGUCGAGGCUGAGGAAGAAGCACGUAAGGCUCACCAGCUCUGGCUCUCCGUGGAAGGUCUAAAUUAUGCUUUGAGCACAGCAGAUAUUGAUGCCCCCAGCAGGCCUCUGGAGAGUGCGGUCGAGGCUGUGCGUGGCUGCUGCCAUGACAAUGACUUUGCUGUGGCAUUAACUUCAGCACUUCCAGAGGAAUCCCUUAAACGUGGCAUAUACAGCGAAGCUUCCUUACGUUCCUCCUUCAACUCUCUUCAUCAGCUUGUCCGUCGCGUUGCUCUCAUUGAUGAAUCUCACAACUCUUUGUACCAGUAUUUCUUGUCUUACCUCCAAGCUGCACUACUGUUUCAGGAGAAACCAGAAGCACCCCCAGCCCAGCUAACAAUCAACGAUUAUGACCCGUUUAAACUUCUUUCUUAUGCAAGCUACUGUUUAGAACAUGGUGAUCUGGAAUUGGCAGCCAAGUUGGUGAACCAGUUGACAGGCGAAGCAAGGAGGGCAGUGGAUGACUGGCUGAAAGAAGCCAGACUUACCCUGGAAACUAGGCAGGUUAUCAGUCUUCUGUCUGCAUAUGCAAAUGCUGCAGGUUUAGGAACUACUCAGGUGCCACUGGCUAAAUCAGCAUUAUAAGGCUGACCUGAGUCAGCAACUUUGUAAGGAUAUUGGCCUAAUAAGGGAAUGGGUACAUCUAAUUUAUAGAGAACUGAAUAAUCUUUCUAUAAUUGUUCAAGAGGACAGUGGUUCUCACUUCCAUUUGGGUGUGAAAAGUAUGUUUAACCCUGUGCUAGUUAAGGAAAUUACAGCUGUAAAUGUUUUUAAAGUAUGCACUGUACCAAUAAAGUCGCAAUAGUCACCAUCAAGUAUCACCUGUUGACCGGCAUCUGUUUGACAUGUGCUUGUGGCAACACGGGGUCAGUAGCCCCAUGAGUUCUGUCACAUAUGCCUUUCAUCCACGCCAUCCGGGUCUGAUGUCUGCUCUCACUCUAUUUGAUACCAGUUCCCAGAGUGGUUAUGCUGGUUAUGUCUCUGUAUGGACAACUGAUCUGCAAUUUUUGAAAACGACAAUGCUCCCCUGUUGCUCAUCCCAAAAGUCAGAGUAAUGUUCAUUCAACAUCCACUGUUCAGCUUAAAUAUUAACACAAAAUCAUCAGCUACUCUUUCAUUAUAAUGAGCAGCGCACAUCAUGCCACAGUUGGAGCAAACAAGCUGUUCAAAAGUGCACCGAAGAGAAAACUCUAAACCGACGAGGCGGCGACUUAUGAAGCAGUUGCAAGAGAAUCUCAGAACCUGAAAAGUCCAUUGCAAUGUCUUUGUCACCAUCACUCAGAGUUACAGAUACCGUCCUUUCCUUGUGGUAAGAGUAACCUUGGGGGAACAGCAGUGCCAUGACUGACGAGCCAUGAAAUUGAGUCAUAAGUCAUAAAAUUGAGGGUGAUCCUUCAGAUAGUGGAAGUAUAGGUAGGU